GAAUAAUUGAGAGGGCGCUAUACGCUGUAUAAGACUCAUAAGACUGACUGCACACUGCACAGCGCAGAUCGGAUUUAUUUCCAUUCACGUAGUUUGAGCGAACAGUAGAGCCGGUAGUUUCCAUUGACAGUACGUGCGUAGGACACGUACAGGUCUGACAAAAAAAGAAGAAAAGUACCGAAUAUAACAAUGGCUGAUUACGACCAAAUUUACGAUCUAGUUCUUAAAUUAGUUAAAGAAGGAGGUGCUCUUAUAAAAGAGACCAUCUCUGGACCGAAAAAUGUUGAAGUCAAGUCUUGCGAUGUUGAUUUAGUAACUGAAACAGACAAACAAGUUGAGAAGUUGUUGAUGGAUGGUAUUUCUUCCAAAUUUCCCGACCACAGAUUCAUUGGCGAAGAAACAACAGCAUCGGGAGUAAAAGUAGAACUGACAGAUUCUCCAACGUGGAUCAUAGAUCCAGUCGAUGGAACAAUGAACUUCGUUCAUGGAUUUCCUCACACAUGUAUCUCAAUUGCACUAGUAGACAAGAAGAUUCCCCAAAUUGGAAUGGUAUACAAUCCAGUCAUGGAGCAACUUUUUACCGCACGGAAAGGAAAAGGAGCAUUUCUAAAUGGCAAACCAAUUCAUGUGUCCGAUGUGAAAGAAAUGAAAAAAGCCAUUCUUAUGUUUGAAAUGGGUACUAGUCGUGAUCCAGCCAAAAUGAAAAUUGUCAUGGAAAAUUUAGCUAUUCUAGCACCUCUCAUUCAUGGAACACGAGCUUUGGGCUCUGCUGCGCUAAACAUGUGCAUGGUAGCCCUUGGUGGUGCUGAUUGUAAUUUUGAAUAUGGAAUUCAUGCUUGGGAUAUCGCAGCUGGUGAUAUUAUUGUCCGAGAGGCUGGAGGUGUUUGCAUCGAUCCGAGUGGAGGGCCAUUCGAUGUGCUGAGCAGACGAGUAUUGUGCGCAUCGACGCAAGAAUUAGCCGAUGAAGUAACUAAAGUAUUAGUACAGUAUUAUCCGGAACGAGAUUAACGACAAACUGAGCGAUCGCUCAGUUAGAUAAUAUUCGUGUCUUUCUCAUAGAUCUGUAAUUUAUUUUCGUCACAAGGUGGUGUAACAUUUCGAUACCAAAUCAAAACUGGUUUUAUGAUAUUUGUUACCACAAAAAUAGCCACAUUACAACAAAUAAAUUCCAAUUGAUAUUCCAAUUCUGAGAUGCAAUUUGCGUCACUUUUUUAUUGCAUUUAGGUACCACACAAGUACCGAUAGUUCACUACUACUGAAAUGUAGUUAGUCCCAGUUUGGUAUCCUAAUUUUUGUAACUUUGACUUAGAAGAAACGAUGUAAUGUCCGAUUCAGAUAGAUUGCAUAAUCCUGUAUAAGUAGAAAAAGAAGUGAAUUACUUCGUACCUGAGAAUGUUUUCCUAGUUGAAACUAGGCAAUUAAAAUGUGCGAGUGCGGUAGUACGAAGGGCAAUACCCUGUUUAAUAUUAGGAAACAAAGAUACCACAUACUUUACCAGAGAUAUAUGUAUUUUAAAUUAUUCUUCCAAUAACUAUCAUUAUACCUCAUAUAAGUAAAAUGUAACUGGUACUUCGAAAUAAAGAUGGAUCAUUGGUAUGAAGCAA